UUCAUAAUUUGUCAAUUUUUGUCAAAAAUUAAUGAAGAGGGAAAAAAUUUAAAUUUCUUCGUUCGCAUGAAAAAGCAGCUUAAUAUGUGCCAUGUUCUGUGUAAAGGAGUCAUAAAUUGGAUCUGUCGAUAUGACAGAUUUCUUAACCUAUACGUUAGCCUUGAAGCUUAAUUGUUCAUUGAAGACAACAAGCGACGAUUCUCCCUUUUCAAACUAUUGUCUUAACGAAAAAAUAUCGGUUGAAUAUAUUUUCAUCGAAAUCUGAAAAAAACCGAUUUAGAAGCGUACUUUAUAAAAGACCUUUUACCUAAUCGCAAAAUUAAUUAUCACAUAUAUUUCCAUAAAAAACCGAUUUGAAAAAUUACAAAAGAAUAUAUAUUUGGUUCAAAGAAGCAAUAAAAGGUUGAUCUACGUCAUUGUAAAGACAUCAGAAUGGAAGAUAAAUAUCGUAAGAUAAAAACGACCGAAAAAUGUAUGAUAAAAUGCACGUAGUUAGUAAACAUCAAAUACUACGUUAAAAAUCUCAAGUGAACGAUUCGCACCAUCUCGUAAUCGUCAAGUGCGUGGUAGUGUUGACAUUAACGUAAUAAAGCUAUUUUAACUUCGAAUUUUUCGACCUUCGUUAAGUAUUACGUAUUGCGUCGCAUUACGAUUUUACGCUAUUACUUGUACAUAGAUUGAAGUUUUCGACGAUUAUAAUUGAUUAUAAAGAUGGGUGAUAUCAAAUAUUAUGGAAAAAGAAGAAGUAUUGUAAGAAGAAUUGGAUCUUUCUUACCCCUAAAACCUCCACCAAAAAUAUAUGUCAGUGUAACACCAUUACAUUUAAUGACAAAUUCAAUGAUUAAUGAAGAAACUAGUAACAAUUAUGUUGAUACAAAUGGAUAUUCUAUGAGCAGGCCAGACUUAUUGGAACCAAUUAGUUUUGGAUCUGAAGUACGAUUACUUGCAUUAGAACAAGAGUUACAAGAACUUAGAGAACAAAUUUCAACAAUUGUAAAAAAUAAUAAAUUAUCCAAAUAUGCAUCCGUCACAUCUCUACCUAACGGGGCAGAUAGCAUAAAAUCAUUGUCGGUACCAUCGCCACCUCCACCUCCACCUCCGCUUCCACUUCCACUUUUACCACCCACAACACCACAUAUUGCAAGAAGAGCUAGUUUGCAAGAUCACAAAAUUGAGGAUCGUAAAAAGAUUCCAUUGAGUGUACAAAAAUCGAUGGGUGAAGCGCUAAAGGAUAUUGAUAAUGUAAAAUUAAGACCAGUUGCGAGGUCUCCAGGCGGACAUCCUAUACGAGUGAAGCGUGAAAAUAGUCCCUGCAAUGAUUUGCAAGAAAUUUUACGGAGACGCUAUAUUGCAAUGCAAUCUCCUGACAGCAGAAAUUCAUCAGUUAAUUUAGCUAUGGAUGAUUCAUUUUAA